AUGAUCACCGGCCCUACCGCCUCCCCCGGCAAUGGCGUGGUUGGGCCCUACUCAGGCGACAGCCUGGCCCUGCGCAUCGUCAUCGCUACCAUGGCCGCUCUAUCCUGGUAUAACGCCAUUGAACUGGUCAUCCUCGUUUUCGUGACCUUCUCCCAAUAUCGCGGUCCCUACUUCUGGUCCCUGCUCAUCUCCGCUCUCGGCCUGAUUCCCUACUCCGUCGGCUUCCUCCUCAAAUACUUCGCCCUCACCUCCGCCACAGCCCUCUCCAUCACCUUCAUCACCAUCGGCUGGUACGCCAUGGUAACCGGCCAAUCCGUCGUGCUCUACUCGCGACUGCACCUCGUCCUCCCUAACCCCAAAGUCCUCCGCCGCGUCCUCACCAUGAUUAUCGUGAACGCCUUCCUUCUGCAUAUCCCCACCUCCGUCCUGACCUACGGCUCCAACCUCUCCUCCCACCCAGCCAUAUUCAUCGACGGCUACAGCAUCAUGGAAAAGAUCCAAAUGACCGGCUUCUGCCUGCAAGAAUUCAUCCUCUCUGUCCUCUACAUCUGGGAAACCAUCCGCAUGCUCCGUCUCGAUCCCGACCGCGGAAAACGCAAAAUCAUGUACCAGCUCGUCGCCAUCAAUCUGAUCAUCAUCGCUCUGGACUUGGCCCUCCUCGUCAUCGAAUACCGCGACCUCUACAUCCUCGAAACCAUGAUCAAGGGUGUCAUCUACAGCAUCAAGCUCAAACUCGAAUUCGCCGUCCUCGGUAAACUCGUCCUGCUCGUCCGCAGCGCCCACAACCUCACCUGGAAACCUGAUUCGCCGCUCUAUGCGGCCACCGCGGCUGUCACGGUCCCGCCGCCAAUCCCAUGCCGGAAUGGCGACAUUGUUCACGAUAAUUUCAACAAUGACUUCCCCGACUUCGUCGAUGCCACUCGCGUCCCCUCUGAUCUCAACCACGCCGCGGCCGGCGCCGCACCCCGUCGACGGCCCCCUCCCCGCAUGGACUCGGAAGAACUCUCCAUCGCCAUGUUCGAGCACUCCGAGAGCGGUGGUGCGGGGACGGGCAACAUUUUACGCAGUGGGGUCGGUCGAGACCGAAGUUUAGACCGAGAUCAUGGCCAUAGUUUGGAUCUCCCGCCAUCGGGACAUUCAAAUGGCUCACAGUCGUGGAGUGGGGAGACGCAAACGAAUAACUCCGCCACGGAGCGGGAAUUAAGUCCGUUGGACUUUACCAAGUCGUUCGGGAAGCAGGAUAGUAGGAGUAGUUUCUAA